AUGUAAAUAACUUAAUCAGACCGAACUACCCUACCUCAUAUUUAUCUAUGGAACUAUCUACUAUGAACAGGCUAUAUUUACUAUUUCAGGAGAAAGCAUUUUAUUGUUAAUAACAGAUGAACGCUUUAAAAAUAAGAAUAAAAAUGUUAAAAUAAUAAAUGAUAAGUAUUAUUUAACAAUUAGAUACCAUUUUACGAAUGAUUCUAAUUUCUUUUUCUCGGAAUGCUUCUUUUGAACCUUUCACUUUCACAUGCUAUCUGCCUCUCUGUCACACACGUCAUAUUUAAAUAAAAACAUGGCAUUCAGGACGUGGCAUUUGUCUACAGUGAUAACAUUAUUAUUUAUUGUUUUAUCACACGAAGGCGAUGGUUUAUCAUCGUCAGCAGCACCAUGGUACGAAAAUCUACCUGCCGUUACCAUGGAUUACAAAGUCCACCUCGAUGCUGGGAAGGAAGAUUGUUACUUUCAAUAUGUUCAACCCGGUGCCACUUUCUACGCCAGUUAUCAGGUGUUGAAAGGAGGUGACGGCAUGUGCGGGUUCGCUGUCCGUCAUCCAAAUGGCAAAAUAGUUCAUCCAUAUGAAUGGAGACAAAGUGCAGAGUAUGCUGAUCAAUCAUCAUCAGGCGGCUACUAUGCUGUGUGUAUUGACAACCAAUUCUCAAGGUUUGCUGGAAAAUUAGUUAAUCUGUACUUGUCGGUGAUCAGAUACGAUAUGUGGGAGAAGUAUGCGAAAGAGGUUGAGGAACUGGACAUGAAUAUCAAAAAUUUUACUUCUUCCAUUCAGUUUGUGGAGAGGAACAUUAAUGACAUACUGCAGUACCAGUAUCACUCGAGGGCGAGAGAAUCUCGUGAUUACAACCUGCUGUUAGACAACAAUAUUUAUGUACUUAGGUAUUUAUUUUUUUGUUUUUAUAUUGUGUUUUACUCUUACGAACAAUUGACUAAGGGCAUAUUAAUAAUGAGGUUUUUUUACAGGUGGUCAAUAAUACAAAUCAUAGCAGUGACGGCAACCGGCACUCUUCAGGUUUACUUUUUAAGAAAGCUGUUUGAAGUUAAAGACAACUCCUCAAAGACUCGGAUAUGAUUUUAUUUAUUUUAAAGUGUUUCCUUUUCUAUAUUUCUUGACUGACUCUUAUCAUUCCAAACGACGUUGAAGUUUUAAUAUUUUUCAACUGGUCAAUACUCUUUUUUUAUUUUUAUUUUUUUCUGCUGGCAACAUUAUCCUAAAUGGUGUUACGCAAGUUACUAGAAUUUUAUUAAGGUUAUACUCAGCUAGUUUUUAAAAUGGAAAUGUUCUUUAUGAAUAUGUAGUACAUACAUACAGUAUCAAUUUUUUAAAAUAAUUAAGCGGCAUUACUUUUUCAGUUAAAAUUAAAAUUUCUAAAUGGGAAUAAAACCUUUCUUUUAUGUUAAUAGCUCUCAAUUGUUCUUCUUUCUUUCUAUUAGACAUGCAAUAUUGCUUAAUUUUAAUGUUUAUCAGGAAAACAUUUGUUAGGCAUUCUUUUCUAAUGACUGUCAAUCAAAUUGUUUUUUUGUUUUGUUUUUUUUGUAGUUUUAUUUUUUCAUUUAUUUUAUUUUGGAUUUUUAUUUAUUUUUGUGAUCUGAUUAGAUGAAUAAUUUUUAAAGCUUGCAUUUUUUUACUUUUAUUGUAAAAUAUAUUUUUGAUACGUAUACAAAGCUACAUUGAAAUGAAUUUACCUGUUGAUUGUAUUGUGACCAAUGUAAUUUAUGAAAUAUAAAUAUUUUUCUGA